CACCGUCAAGAAUACUUGGAUGAAUUCUUGCGUUAUGAGGGCCGUGGGUAUUGGGUCAAGGACACAUGCUGUCCAUCUUGUACCUCCGAAGACGCGUCGGCAGUCAUUCGAUGUUAUGAUUGCUUCGGCGGACAGUUGGUGUGCGAACAGUGUGCAGUCUCACACCAUCAACUCAACCCGUUCCAUCGCAUCAAGGCGCGUCGCUGGAACGGUCUAUAUUUUACACCAGAGUCACUCGCGCAUCUUGGCCUUGUGGUUCGAUUGGGCCCCCAUCGUCCUGGCUCCGAGUGUCCCACUGGGCAAACCCUGAGAGGUUUCACCGUCAUCCACACGAAUGGUAUACAUUCGGCCACCAUCGACCUUCUCCGCGCUGGUAUAUACCCCGCCACCGUUCUCUCGCCACAAUCGGGCGCCACCUUUGCCGCUAUGAAGCUUUUCCACCUCCUUUCGCUCCAGGGGAAGUUGACCGGAUACGACUUUCUCCACACGCUAGAGCGUUACACUGACAAUACUGGCCUUUAUCCCCCUCCGGGACGACUACCGGCAUUUAUGAACAUGGCCAGGCAGUGGCGUCAUCUCAAGAUGGUCAAACGGGCAGGUCGAGGCCAUGAUCCAGCAGGGAUCAAGGCUACUGUAGAUGGCGAACUUGCGGUGAACUGUCCUGCAUGUCCACAACCAGGCAUCAACUUGCCCGCUGGAUGGGAUCAAGUGCCGAAGCGUGACCAAUGGCUAUACCAACUAAUACUGGCAAUGGACGCAAACUUUCGACUCAAAAAUCGACUCCGCACCAGUUCCCGAACGGACCCGGGCCUUGGCACGGGUUGGGCGUAUUUCGUUCCAGAGGAUGAGUAUAAGAAGCACAUCCUAAAAUAUGUUACUCAAGAAGAGAUAAGCACCUGCUCUGGUUUUGAAGCCCUGUCGAACGCGAACCAGAAGAACGCAAAGGGCCUUCGGUCUACGGGUGUCGGCGCAAUCAUCUGCGCUCGGCACUCUUUUUGGAGGCCUACCGGAAUGGGUGAUCUCCAAAAAGGAGAAAGGUAUUGCAACAUGGACUUCGUUUACUGCUCCGGAACCAGAGGAACGCGGGUCCUCCGGAUGUUAAUCUCCUACGACGUCGUUUGCCAGUGGAAGAUUCAUUUCUACAGCAAACGGAUCGACGGGAUCCCUGCCCAUAUCCGUCCGACACUGGGUCCUGAGUCCGUCCAAUACGCGGUCCCAAAGUUUCACCUUCCGCCUCACGAGGAGAAGUGUCAAGCGCCACAUUCCCUGAACUUCAAGCCCGGAGCCGGCGAGACUGAUGGGGAGGGUAUUGAGCGCAACUGGGGGGUGACGUUGAAUGGGGCUGCGCCGAGUACGAAGGAGAUGGGUCCUGGGGCUCGGCAUGACACGUUGGACGACCAUUGCGGCCACGCAAACUGGCAGAAGCUGGUCAAUCUUGGUCAGUGA